AUGGGUUCAACGAUACAAAUGAAUAUACCACUUUCAAAAUGGACACUACUCGUUGUAUUUAUUCUGACCAUCGUUUUAAUGUGUGCAAAAAUUUUUAAAAUCUGGCCAUGGAGAAGAGAUAUUCAACGUCCAGUUUCCGUCAGAGACUUCUCCUUGAAGUGGACAGACGGUGUAGUGUACUAUCGAGAAAUUAUUCCUAAAGGUAAAGCAAAGCUUGAUGUCCUUCUAUUGCAUGGUAUGAGUUUUACAUCGAGGAACUGGUUGGAAUUAAAUACAAUGAAUCUCUUGGCAUCCUAUGGAUAUCAUGUUAUUGCUUUGGACUUACCAGGUUAUGGAAAGUCAUCUUAUAAACUGGAUACAACUCAAACGAGUAGAAGUGAGUUUUUAUGGCAGUUUAUUAAGAAGACCGGAUUUGAUUCGCCUGUGAUUGUUUCCCCUUCAAUGAGUGGUAUUUUCAGUUUGUCUUACAUUGCGGCUUUAAAACCGGUAAAAGGAUUUGUUGCUAUUGCUGUGGUGGGCACAGACAAGAUUCCAGUUAAAGAUUAUGCACAUUUCCCACCAACCUUGAUUGUGCGAGGUUCAAGGGAUAAAGGUCUUGGUGUAACAUCAACAGAUAUACUCAGUAAAAAUGUGCCAGAUAGUUCAGUGGAAGUGAUUAAUGAUGCUGGUCAUGCUUGCUACCUUGACAAACCUGAGGAAUUCCAUGCUAUGUUAUCGAGAUUCUUACAACUCAUUAGUAGCCAGUAA